AUGUAUUUUAUAAAAAGAAACACUUCUUCCACAUACGACCAUAGGACGUUGAAAACAAGGCUUCCCGUUCGCUCAGCCCUAUUUAAGCAACGUACCGGCGGAUUAGUAGUUAGGUGGGUGACCACUAGCGAAUACCCGCUGUUGUAUGUUUUUUGCAAUUUUAUUGUCCCUUUGCCCAAUUCGAUCACCACCAUCAAUCGGACUCCUACAGUUGCGAACAUGCGUUUUGGUUCUCCCUUCUUUUGCCGGCCACCGCGAUUGCAGACACACAACCCAUCAUCACUCCUCCAUCAUCCUGCACAAUUCGUGAACGCUGAAUAGCUCAUUCGAGAUCCUAUAAACCACUACCUUGUCUGUGAUUCUUUCUUUCCAGCAAACACGUGCACUGACAGCGUUGGAC